AUGCAAUCUUCCAAGGUCAUUGACCGACGCCAGGGAGGCAGUCUCCUAGAAUUGCUCAAACAUGCUGCCACCUCAUCAUCAAAGCUGUAUUUUCACACCCGGGAAUUCUGCCCCAGGAGUAAACAACCAGAGAGCUGCAUGACCUAUGCUGAACUCUAUGACAAGGCUCGUUCCAAGGCCUUGCAGCUUGCAUCCCUAGCGAAAUCCUACAGGCAGAACGCACUCGUGCUGCUGCAUUUCGAGUCCAUCGAACUAAACAUCAUCUGGUUCUGGGCCUCUCUCAUGGCUGGAAUCUCCCCCGUCAUCUCAACUCCUCUUCCGAACAGCCUGGAACAAAGGGCCAAACAUCUCGAUCAUCUUUCCAAGCUCCUUGAACAGCCGAUUGUCUUGGCGACAGAGUUGCUCUUAUCCCAUAUGUCCGGCACAGAUGGGCUUGAAGUUACUGCAGUGGAGAAGCUGGGUGCACAGUCUAUCGAAGGCAUCGAGUUGCCUCAGGAACCAGAUGUGCCGUUCUAUAUGCUAACGUCUGGAAGUUCGGGUAACGCCAAGGCUGUAGAACUGAGCUCUCAGCAGAUUAUGGCUUCGAUACAUGGUAAACACAAGGGGCUUGACAGCAGGAGUGAUGACAUCUUCCUUAAUUGGAUUGGAUUUGACCACGUCGCCAACAUUACCGAAUGCCACUUGCACGCCAUGUACCUGUCUGUUGACCAGCACCACGUCCCCGCGGCCGAUGUCAUUUCAGACCCCAUCCUUUUCCUUAAUCUUAUACAUGCCUACAGGGUCACUGCCAGCUUUGGCCCCAACUUCUUCCUCGCCCGUCUCUGCGAAACCUUGCAGGACAGCAGUGACAUACCUAAGGAUCUGGACCUGUCCUGCCUCCGAAGAAUCAACAGUGGCGGGGACGCCAACUUGACAGAGACGGCGGUGCGUAUCGACGCGGCUCUAAAGCCCUUCGGUGCCCCGUCAGACUUGAUUAUCCCUGGUUUCGGCAUGACUGAAACCUGCGCCGGGUCUAUCUAUUCCACGCUGGGUCGCGCGUAUGAUGUCAACAAGAAUAUGGAGUUUGCGACCUUGGGCAAGCCUGUAGAGGGCAUCACCAUGAGAGUAGUUCGCGAAGACGGCACGACAGCCGAUGCAGAUGAGCAGGGCACUCUCCAGGUUGCUGGCCCUAUUGUGUUCUCCCGCUAUCUGAACAACCCCACAGCUACGGCGGACGCCUUUACUGCAGAUGGCUAUUUCAACACUGGCGACAAGGCUGUCAUUGAUGGCAAUGGUUGCCUCUACCUAUCCGGACGAGACAAGGAGAUCAUCAAUAUCGACGGCCAGAAAUACGCCCCUCAUGAGCUGGAGACGGCACUGGAGGAAACGAUCCAAGGUGAGAACUCUAUUGUACCGUCCUCUACCGUAGUGUUCAGUAUCCGACCUCAGAACGCCGCUCGUGAGGAGAUUUGCGUCAUCUACCAGCCCAGAUUUCCGAUUGACGAUGCCAAGUCGCGUAUCAGGAUCGCCGACGCCAUUACUCAGUGCGUUGGAAUCCGUGCCUCUGCUCGUCCUAAGCACAUCAUCGCUCUGCCGAGCAGCCAGCUCCCCAAGUCCACCCUAGGUAAGCUGUCCCGCGCCAAGCUCCGCAAUGCCUUCCUCGAGGGCAAGUAUCGCGAGUUUGAGGACCGAUACAACAAAGAGAUCUUGUCCGAGCGUGAGAGGAUUUGUGAGGAGCCUACCAGUAACACUGAGAAGCUCAUUCUUAAGGAGGUCAGAACCAUGUCAGCCGAAGCCUUUGACGUUCCUGUCGGCGUCAACGCUAGUAUCUUUGACCUGGGUAUCACCUCCAUCGAUCUCUUCAUUCUCUCUUCCCGGUUGCAGAAGAGGCUGGAAAUCAACCAGAAGAUUCCGGUCGGGACCUUCUUCACCGACCCUACCAUUCGCGGCAUUGCUGGCUCUAUCGACCAGCUCGGCGUUGGGGGCGAAUACGUUCCCAUCGUGCCUCUGCAGAAGGAAGGGAACAAGACCCCUCUCUUCUUAGUUCACCCCGGUAGUGGUGAUGUCCUGAUCUUUGUUGGUUUGUCUAAAUACUUCAACGAUCGUCCAAUCUACGGCAUACGCACCAGAUGUCUCUAUUCUGGGGAUGACUACCACAAGACAAUCCACCUUAUGGCCCAGUGUUACUACGAGAACAUCAAAAAGAUCCAACCAGAGGGCCCUUACGCCAUUGCCGGUUACUCCCUGGGGUUCUCGGUGGCUUUCGAGAUUGCCAAGCUUCUCGAGGCCGACGGUAGCAAGGUCCCCUUCCUCGGCAUCCUCGACUCGCCGCCUCACAUCAAGCACCUGAUCCGCGAUCAGGAUUUCAUCGACGUGCUCCUGAACGUCUCUUACUUCCUCGAGCUCAUCACCGAGGAGUACGCCAUGGUCGAGUCCAUCCCCAUGCACGAAAAGUCCGAGUCUGAAGCGCUGGAUCUUGUGCUCCAGCAUGCUCCUCCCCAGCGUCUACGCGACCUCUCAAUCGACAAGCCCCCCCUCAAGAAGAUCACCGAGGUCACGCUGAGCUUCGGCACCGCCGGUCGCGACUAUGACCCGGAGGGCACUGUCGCCAACCUGGACGUGUUCUGGGUACAUCCCCUUUUGUGGGUUGCCCCCAAUCGCGCUGAAUGGAUGGAUAAACAUCUCAAGCAUUGGGUGAAUUUCUGUCGCUCUGAGCCUCAGUUCCACGAGCUCAAGGGAAGCCAUUCAAUGAUGCUGAAUGCUUGCCAGCUUCACGGCACUGCGGUGAAUAUUCGCUCCGUUAUUCGCUCCCGUGGUCUAUAA